ACCAGUUGCUGUCCACACUCCAACGGAUUUAGAUACAUUUGCCACCCGAAAUAGAAUCAGUUAAAGAAAAAUAUAAAAAAAACAAAAAGUAACAGCAAAAAAUAAAACACGAGAGACUGAAGCUGCAACAACAGCGACUACAAACAACAGAGAAAAAAGACCGAUCAUAAUAACAUUCCCAUCGAGUAUAAUAACAUUCACAUCGAGUAUACGAAGCGUGAAACACACAUAAAAAACGAGAGAAAAAUCACAAAAAUUCGUAAACAAUCAAAGUAACGGCAAUUUGUAUCAACAUGCUGUAGACGUUCCAGAAAGCAAUCGGAGAAAGGACGAUGCAAAUGAGAAUUUUCGGCUAAGAACAUGGACUUUGAUUUCUCUGACUUUUCUCGCCAAGAUCUACUUGAUGGUAUUGACAAUGAAGCCCUAGAUCUGUUCAUGCAAGUGGCCGCUGGUGUUGGUGCCCUUGAUAACGAUGAGAAUAACCAGCAAGGUGGUCAUGGACAUAAUCUUACGAAUGUAGAUCACAUGGCAACAGGUGGUGGUGGGGGACUAGGAGGAGGAGGAGGCGCAACUAAAUUGGAAUCCCCACACACACCACCCAUGCAGGUCGGCAGCUUGAGCAGCACACCAAUAUCCACACCGCAUAGCCAACAGCAGCAACUACAGCAGCAGCAGCAUGUCCAUUCCCAUGCCCAUUUGCCGGAAAGUCCACCAGAUUCGGGGUCAGAACCCGCCUAUAGUCCACUGGGCGAGACCCAUGGCCUGACUCUGCCCGGCCGAGAACUUAUCUAUCCGAUGUUGCAGACAGAGCUACAGUAUCCUUCACCACCGCAUCAGCAUCAGCAUCAGCAGCAACAACAGCAGCAGCAGCAGCAACAGCAACAGAUGGCACCGAGUGGACAUCAUUUUGUUGCCCCUCCAGCCGAUGUACGAAUUAAGCAUGAGUCGGGACUUGUAAUGAAUCCGAAUAGCCUAAUGUGCCAGCAGCAGUCGCUGCAGCCGAUGAACGAGCAACAAUUGCCGCCGUUGCACCAACAGCAACAUCAGGAGUUGCAGCAAGAUCAGAUGCUCUACCAGCACUAUGAUAAUGGCCCCGGGCCUGGGUCUGGCUUGUAUUCAGCGGGUAGCUAUCAGAAUUUAUCCACCACCUGCAUGCUGACUUCCUCGUUGGGAUUGGGCGAUCGUGUCCAGGUAAUUGGAACUAGCCAAUUGUCACUGAAUCGCAUCUCGGCGCCCUCCACUCCAGUCCACCUGUCGUCACGCAAACGUAAAAUGUCGACGCAACUGGACUGUCCGGAUUUUGGUGCUACUCCGAAACUGGACACAACCGGAGGACUGGUGAUGAGCCCGUUGCGUGCUUCACAUCAUUCGCUGGCCUCCACACCCCAAGAUCUAAAUCUGAGCAAGACGCCCGCCCAUUCACACUGUUCUGCCUCUGUGUCGCCGGCUCUGUCCGCCAUCAAUUCCCAGGCGGACAAUAGCCUCGAUGGACAGGCUAGUAAUGCAGCUGCCGGCUCCGGAUCAGGAUCCGGGUCUGGCAGUGAAGCCGGCGAUCCAGCACUCAGCCAAUGCAUUCGCUUCAGUCCCUUUCAGCCUGAGAACUGGCACAAAUUGUGCGAUCAGAGUUUGCAGGAGCUAUCCGUUAUCUACUAUCGCGUGGAUGCCGAUAAAGGAUUCAAUUUCAGCGUCUCGGAUGACGCCUACGUGUGCCAGAAGAAGAACCACUUUCAGGUUACUUGCCAUGCCCGCCUUCAGGGCGAUGCCAAAUUCGUGAAAACACCGUCCGGCCUGGAGAAAAUUAAGUCCUUCCAUUUGCAUUUCUAUGGCGUCAAAUUCGAGGCGCCCAACCAGACGAUUCGCGUGGAGCAGAGCCAAUCGGAUCGCUCCAAAAAGCCAUUUUACCCCGUACCUAUCGAUCUCCAGAGUCACAUUGUCAGCAAGGUCACAGUGGGUCGUCUGCACUUUUCGGAGACGACAAACAACAAUAUGAGGAAAAAAGGUCGCCCCAAUCCGGAACAGCGUUUCUUUCAACUAGUGGUGGGACUGCAUGUCCACACCACUUCAGGUAACUUCCCAGUGGUUAGCCACGGCAGCGAAAGGAUCAUAGUGCGUGCCUCGAAUCCGGGACAGUUCGAGUCGGAUGUGGAUCUCUGUUGGCAACGGGGUCUCACCCAGGAAUCGAUAUUCCAUGCGGGACGAGUGGGCAUCAAUACAGAUCGACCUGACGAGAGUCUGGUGGUGCACGGGAAUCUUAAGGUAUCGGGCCACAUAGUCCAGCCGAGCGAUAGCCGAGCCAAGCAAGAAAUCGGGGAACUGGACACAUCGGUCCAGUUGAGGAAUUUGCAGAAGAUUCGCAUUGUUCGCUAUCGCUACGAGCCAGAGUUUGCGGUUCACUCGGGCCUGAGGCGGGAGAGCGACACCCGAGAGAUUGUGGACACUGGUGUGAUAGCUCAAGAGGUGCGUGAGGUGAUCCCAGAUGCUGUACAAGAGGCUGGCAGUGUAGUGCUGCCCAAUGGCAAUGUCAUUGAAAAUUUUCUCCUGGUCAAUAAGGAUCGCAUCCUCAUGGAGAAUAUUGGCGCCGUAAAAGAGCUCUGCAAGGUGACUGGUUCGCUAGAGACCCGCAUUGAGCAUCUGGAACGUGCCAAUAGUCACCAUAAUAGCCACCAACUGCGUGCCAAGGAUUUGUUGGAGCCAAGCUCCCUACUGGCUUUGAAAUCGUCCCCAACCCCAUCGUUGUCCAUACACAGCCGCCGCCGAGAUGGCUACGAGCUUUGCUCCAGUCGCAGUCUUCAGAUUGUGAUAUUCCUCCUGAUCAUUGUGAUGGCUGCCUGCCUUGCAGCCGUUUCCACUCUCUACUUUGUGGAGCAUAAUAAACAGCAGCAAUUGGACGGUUAUCAGCUAUUUGGAAAUGGCCAUCUUUUUCACUCUGACUCCACAUCAGCCACCCAUUUGAGCGACGAGGAUCGGCAAUAUUUCCAACACAAUCUUCACACGCUAUUUAAGAACAAAACCCAUGUGGCCUGGCCGAGUUUAGCAUAUGCAACAAGUACCUCCAGACCUCCGCCUAGCUUACAUCAUUUUGGUGAGGACGAAACUGAGGAAUUGUCCGCUGUGAUGACCAAACCCCAGGUGUCACAACAACAACAGCAGCAGCAAAGUCAGCCAAAUUUGAAGCACAGUCGUAUUACCACAACAGCUCCCAACAGCAGAGUCGUCAGCAAUAAGACAAUAAGCAGUAAAAAUGGAAAAAAGUGGCCACUCCCGCAAGAAGUUUUGCGUCAGAGUGCGAAUGGGCAAAAACUGAUCCAAUCUGUGCGGUUACCAGGACGCCUAUCGGCGCUGGCCGGAAGCAGUGGGACCCCCAAUAACGAGAACCCCGCCUUGGUCUCUUCGGAGAAGCCGCCCGAGGUCAUUGCCCUGGCCCAGGACUUCGAGAAUAACUCCAUAGACAUUGAUGCCCAACAGCAACAGCAGCAACAACUACAGGCUAAGACCUCGUCUCUGCCACUGCCCUUACCUUUGCCCACUAUAAAGCUGGAUGAGCACAUUGUGGUGGUGGGAACCAUAGCAAGCAGCAGCACGGCUCCAGAUCCCUCCGUUGGCCAGGCUAUACGUAAACUUAAUACUGGAGAUGCAGUGAUCUAUAAUGUGUACAAGACAGUCUCUCCGCCCACAUCGAACCUGGCGCUGACCACCAAUAAAGUCAGCACAGAACCGGCGCAGAGUACUUUGGCAGCCUUGGCCUUGGAUGUCCCACCGCCAGCUCAGCCAGUGCGAAACAGCAGUGGGCGUCACGACAAUGCCGAUGCUUUGGACCUGCAGAACCUGUCUAACACGAAUGAGUCUGUGGAUAAUCCCAUUACAGCGCUCUUUGGAUUCGAAUUCACCGGAGCUGGUCUACGCGAUUCUAGCGUGGGUCGCCGUUCGGCCAAUCAGCGAAGUCUAGACUGGAUCAGGCAGAAGACUCUGAAGACGCCGAUAUUUGGACAGCCCAAGGAGUGCAAUGGCGAUGAAUCGGUCAGCGACAAUUGCCAGUCAGUUUGCUAUGAUGAUGUACCAUCUCCCCAAUCCCAGACAGACAAUUUGGACGCGAAUGUGAAGCAACAACAUGUUGAGGAGAUAGAUCUACAAUCAGCGGAGCAGGACCAGGACUCUGACAUAUUAAGCGAACAGCAGACAGCAGUUCUUGCUGGGCACUCUGGUCAGAAUGAAACCGCCAAUCUGGCUGAGGCCACCCGGACAAAUCCCCAGCGAGUGUAUCACGGAAAAAGCUCACACAACACUGAAGCCCAGUCCAAGCAGUUCUCAACCGAAACAGACGCCUCGACCAGUGAGGAUGCCUUAUACAGUGUAGUAGGAGGCCCGCAGUUGGCACCCAAUGCAGCUGCCGAGGUGGAUCAUGUAGAACUGUUGGCUCCAAAGCCGGAUACCGAGGUAGGAGAACCCUCGUCCAUAGCAUUGGCCCCUGUUGUUCAGUUGGAUUGUUGGAGCAUUUCCGCGUGUGUCUUAGCAGCUCAAUCGAACUACACCAUCGAUGUGGAAAGGUAUUGUCCCACAGCCGGUAGUUCAUUGAAUAUAAGUUACACGGUUCCAGUGUCGCGGUAUCUUCAGGCCACCAGCCUUGAGCUCCAUUUCAAUUCCAACAAGCCUCUACAGUGGUCCAUUUGCACGGAUGAGGAUCAGUCCAAGGCCAAGGCGAGUACCCAGUUAAACGAGGACGAGGAUGAGGCUCCGCCGAGUAGUUGGGUCAAAGUGCUCAAACAAAUGGGCAACAACAAGCUAAUUCUGGCCCUGGACAUACCAACGCGCGGCAAUUUCGUGCGCGACUUUAUGCUGCGAGCCAGCCAUGACCUAGAACAGCAAAAACUUUGCGAUGACAACGCCCAUGUGGCAAACCCUAUACUCCAGUACAACUUUAGCAUUAUAAGAGAUUGUGAUUAGUUAAACAAAUUAAUUUAUGGCACGGAUCGAAUCUGAACCAAUAUUUUUCCUUCGGCAAAUUAGGAAAAUCAAAGAUGAAAUGCAAAAACUGUUGGUCGGCUGGCAGGACAUCAAGUUACAUUUAUACGUAAUGAAUAUAUUCGAAACAAAGCAAAAGACAAACAACAAAAGACAACAAAAAAACACAAAGCAUUA